AAAUUCUCAAAUCCAAAAUAUUUGCGGUUUGAAUUUUGUGUCUCCUCCUCCAAAUCUUCCCUCUUCAAUUCAAUUUGCUUUUUCACCCCUCCUCCCUCCACCCAUAUCUCAAAACUCCCCAAUCCACAGUAAUUUCUUGUACUCCUCCUCCGCUGUUAUUUACUUUCCAUUCUCCGACUCCCUAAAUUUUAAAUUUUUUAUUUUUUAUUUUUGCUUCCAAAAACCCUGUCUAAGAAGAAUCAUUUCCAUGCCGGGUUUAGGGUUUUAGGCCUUUUCUGUCAUUUUCUUCCUUUUUUUUUUGUUUUCCUAUGAAUUUAUAAUGAAAUUGGAGAGUCAUUGGGUCUUAGUUUUCUGUUCUUGAGAAAGGAAGAAAAAGAGAAUAGGAAAUGAUGCGGGGUGUAAAACGUGAGCCCAUUGGUUCGCGGAGGAGUAGUAGUAGAAGAACAAGUUCCAGAGAAGGAGAAGAAGACAGCCAGAAUCAGAUUGUAACGCGACAACAAGCAGAAGCUGAAGCACAGGCGAAUACGAGGAAUGCUAACAGUAAUUGUCAGAAUGAAGCACAGGGGAAUGCAAGUAAUGGUAACAAUAAUCAUCAGAAUUCUAGGGCUGAUAAUGAUGAUAGCGUCGAAGGAGAAGGCGGAGUAGGAGGAGGAGAUGUAGUGGAACGGAGAGUCCUUCGAUCUCGUUAUCUCAAUGUCAAGAAUCGAAUUUCUGAUGAGCGAGACGAUUUGUCCAAGGUUGAUUCUGAUAAGUUUAAAUCAAUUAUUGAAGAGGUUGACAACUUACAUCAGCUAGUUCAGAAACCCAGGGAACAAGUAGCAGAUGCAGAGGCUCUCUUGGAUAUCACCAACACUUUGGUUACCUCUGUUAAGGCACAUAGCACUGAAGGACUGACCCCUUCUGAUUUUGUCAGUUGUCUGCUUAGGGAUUUUACACAAGGUGGAGCAAGUACUAGUAAUGAGGUAGCUAGCAGCUCUCUGCGCUUGAAGGAAAUUGGGCUUGCAGUCUCUCAUGUUUUCAGGAGUGCUCCAGGUUGCUUCACUAUGGUUGGGCCUAUGAAUACUGAAAUUAAGCAACGUAAGGCUGUUAUCUACAGAAAGCGUGCAAAGCCUACAGAAAGUGCACGACCUGAAGAUCUUGAUGGUGCUGCUACUGAAGAGAAAACAGACACAGACAAGAAUAUGGCAACAAUGUUUGACAUUUUGAGGAGGAAUAGGAGGGUCAGGCUUGAGAAUUUGAUAUUGAACAAAAGCUCAUUUGCACAGACAGUUGAAAAUUUAUUUGCUUUGUCAUUUCUGGUUAAAGAUGGGCGAGCUGAAAUAACAGUGGAUGAGAAAGGAGUUCAUCUAGUUUCACCAAGGAAUGCUGCUGCUGCUAGUGCAGUUCAUUCUGGGGAGGUUUCUUACAGCCAUUUUGUGUUCAGAUUUGAUUUUAAGGAUUGGAAGUUAAUGAUGACUUGUGUUGGAGAUGGGGAAGUGUUAAUGCCACAUAGGGAUGUGGCUGUAGCAGGAAAUUCUGAGUCGGAUCCAGUAUCUCUUGGGACACAAGCAGCAUUAUCUACAACACCAAUUAGGAAAUUUUCUAGAAAUCGGGGUUUGGUUUUACAGGAACAGACAGUUGUCCAAGGAUCUCCUGAAAGUGAUGAUUCAGGAGCAAGGGUUGCUGCAAUUCGUAAAGGAAAAAGGAAGCUUGUUUAAGUGACCAGACAUCUUACUAACUUCGGUUUUUGUUUUGUAGUAAGAUGUAAAGUGAGAGGCAUCUAUUGUUGAUUUAUCAGUUCUUUUGCUAAUUUUGGAAGUUUGGGUUCAGACCCUUUACCUAGGCUGGCAGCUUUCUAAUUGAAGCAUAUGGAGUUUGGAUGCACUAGAUUGUUGUCUGGUUCUGUCAUCCUUACCCUGCUUUGUACAUAUUUGCUGUGUAUCGUUUAUUUCCUUGGGUAAAUACGAUGAUGUCUAGUCGUCUUCUGCCUUUC